ACAUUUGUAUUUUUCUAUUUUUUUUAUUUUGCAGAAGUUGCAGCCUUUGACUUACGUCUUUCUUAUCUGUCUCUUAUUUUUCGCAGUGCCUUGGAAACAUUGAUGACAGAAGCAUUAGACCCCCCCAUUUAGUGAGCUCUUAUGCUUCGUUUUGUAGCGAAAGCUUUUAAGCAGUUGCGUCAAUAUGCACUCCAAGUCCACCAAGAUCUUAACACGAUCUAAAUCGCAUGCCGUCGGUAUUAUCGGUCAGUUUAUUCCCCACAAGUGAAACUAUCACAUUUAUUCAAAACCACCAGCUUGAAUAGAAUUUCAACCAUCUCUUUACAAACUCGAAAGAAAGUGGUAUUUUAACACAAAUAACUACCUACAAACAUACAAGAAUUUGACUGCCCCAAGAAUUUAUUAUGGACUCUGUCAUACAUACCAUACAUGAGCUUCCGGACCCGCCGCGCUUAUUUGCGCCUUUAUUUCCUUACAUUACGUACAUACGUAUGGCCAUAUAACCCGCUGCCUUUGCACGCCACUUCAGUUAAGUUACUCACGUUACGGCAAUGCAUACAACCGAAUGACAUGAAAGGGGAGCGCAACUGUGAAGAGUGAAAAAAGCAUAAACGAAGCAGACGACGGACGCACAUAAGCGCACAAAUUGUAUACAAUUUCAGUGCCAUUUUAAUUUCCCGCCGGCAUUAGGGUUCGACUGGAAUAGUGAGAAAAAAAUUAAAUAAAACGAAAUUAAUAAAAAAAGUACAAUAACAAAGAGGCAGCAGUAACACGCACACAUUCAAAAUAGUUGUUUUCACACUGCCUUCUUCAGGUUUAUUUGCUCGGGAUUUCACGUCGACCAGAGAGCAGCAACCGACAAGUUACGUAUACCACAAGUCAACAUACGCCAACGUGCAACAAUACACUCCAGCUGGCAAACGAGCAAAAGAAAAAAGGAUAUGGAGUCAAGGAGUAAAAAUAUAUACAUGGGACCCUCAUAUGUACAUAGUGAUCUUGUACGGCGACAGCAAAUCUCUCCGUUCACACAUUUCAAUCUGACCGUUCCAGUCGCUCCAAUUACUAACCGUCAAAACCUACCCGAUCCAGCCAACUGUCAUGCAUGGAAACAGUCGCCGACGCAAAACCGUACCCUUAAUCAGCUGAUACGACCUAUCUUAUGGGAGUGCAAUGUGAAUGAACACUCCCCACCGCUUCUACCGUCCGCUUCUAAGGACUGUAUUUGAAAUAUUCUUAAACUAACUCGAAAUUACAGUCGAAUACUUUAAUUUAUUUAUAAAUAGGUAGACUAUUUUUAUGCAUUAUUAUUAUACAUUAUGAAAAUUUUUAACUAAGAAACUAAAUGUGUAAAAAAUUAUGUAUACAAAUUGAGCAAUGGCAACAUUGGUAAAAUGAAAACCAAAUAAAACAACCGAUUUC